CUGAGUGCUUAAUGAUGAGGUACAGCGCUGUUUCUGCCAUCUACGCUACGUCCGAUCUUUUAUUAUGUUUUUUUGCAGCUUCAUCCCCUUCAAUUCGUAACUUUUCUUAAUCGACUCAUUCUCAAAGAAUAAAAUUGGCAAUGAAACUUUGUCAACAACAGAAUUUGAAGCCGCUGAAUACAUAAAGUGACCAGCGUAACCAGCUGGAGACAUGAAAACGCUUCGAUCGCGAUAUGCUGCAGGAAACGGGCACGAUCGAUUGCGUUCACUGGCGUUGAUGGCUGCCCGCAACGGCCUUAAUGACGUUGUCUGUCGCUAUUGGCGCUAAGAACAUUAGCAUUGACAUUGGCCUCGACGCGCUGCGCAGAUCAUAGCGUGCAUUAUUAAAGGAGCAGCUGCUGCACUCAUAGCUCAUCAUUCACACUGCACUCAUUCGCCUCACCUGGGCCACGACACACGUCAUUCUAUGAAUACGUGCACAAUAUUUCGAUCAGGGUGCAGGUGUAGAACGUCAACAUGGCCCGUGCACGGAAGAGGGAUUCGCUCGUACCCGUUUGCGACGUCAAGCACACAGCGAUCCUUUAGUAAGGACAGUGUUACACGAGCGAUGGAUUCCAGUAAGGCUCGUCGCUGUAUUGUAUCGAGAGAACCAUCAUUCACUAAAACCGCAGUUGUGCGCUUCUCAAGAAACUGAACUCGUCGUUGCAUGUCGUAUAUACUUUCGUUUCCGGCAAGACGUCCACCGAGCGAGGGACAGCUCUGGCUCCAAGGUGUCCUGGUAGCUGCAGUCAUGACGGCGAACACGACCUAAUGCUCUUCUGCGACGUUCCGACUACGUUUUCGUGUUGUCAUAAUAGGGCCGAUCGUAAAACCACACAAUGACAUCCUUCAUGAUGCGACACUUCAAACCGUAUUGCUGGAUCUGCUUAGUUUCUGGACUUGUGAUUUUCCAAAGACUUCGAGCAACACAACAACAUCAGACGAACAUGAUUUGGAAAGCCUUCCCCCUAUUUUACGCCUUCAUCUGCUUUGUUCUACUUAUAUUGUCUACUGUGUUCUUUUUUUAUCAGAUGACUGUAGCAUUCUUGAUCAGCGUUCAGGUUUUCACCAGGUGGCUCUACAUUGUCGUUUUCACUGUCGUUGGUUUCAAAGUUCUGCUGAACCUUCUCUGCAUUGCCCUCCAGUCGCGCCACCUCUUCGAUUUCUUCAAAGAGUCGGCCAGGUACGAAACCUCGGUAAAUUUUGUACCACCAGAGUGCUGCCGGCAAACGAAAACCACCUAUUUCAUACGACUUAUGCAUUGCCUUGCAUUUGUAGGAAAUUUGUGCCUUAGCGACUACCUCCUUUGUGGCUUCCUCGACUACCUCGAAUAUAGCGGGACCCAAGGCGUCGUCCUCAAGGUAUCCUGCAUCGCCGGUGACUUCAUCUUCUACGUGUACCAAAUGGUUGACUUCGUUGUUCUUAGACCGUGCCUAGAAGUGCUGCUGCUGUACAUUCGGCAGCAGCACGAGGUUGUUCGCUGCAUGAUCGACGGCGGCGGCAGCUUGGUUUUCGUCAACCGAGCUAUGAAAGUCGAAGAGGUUAGGAUGAACCUUUGUGCUAUAGCGCUGCUCAAGACGCAGCUGAACGGCAUUUGGCGGUGGUCCAUAACGGUCUCCGGUGGAGCCGUCCUGUUUUUUGCCUGUAGCUGCACUUAUACGGCGUUCGUAGAGGGGCUUUCAACGCUUCAGUCUAUAAUCUGCCUACUCUACAGUGUUUUGUUGGCUCUGAAAGUUCUGGACAUUACCGGAUUGAGUCAGGAAAUGGUCAACGAAUUGCGAAGCAUGCGGCAAACUCUUCAGAGCGCUCCAACCGGCCAGCAAAACGGAGCAUAUUUUACUCAGAUAAGCUAUCUGCGAGAUACCAUAAAGCCUAAGGAGAUGGCUGUAUCUGGAUGUGGCUUCUUUUCGUUAAAUCUGCCAUUGAUUGUUUCGCUCGCCGGGUCAGCCAUCACCUACACUGUCAUUCUAGUGCAAACAAGCGAAAGUGUGAAGACAACAGCCAAGUAAAAACAACGAAUUGAGCCCUGUUUCAUGCCGCAGAGAAAGACCGUGAAACGCCAGCGCAGGUCAAAUAAACGUGCGAGUGGCCAUUUUCACGUUGACGUAAAUGAAAAGCACCAGGCCAAAAACGCAGUACAUUACCUUGGUUGCGGCACUGUAAUCAAGACCGGGUUUGCAGUAGGAGACGGGAGCUUUGCACUUGCAAGCCUGUACAAGUUCAUGCCAAAUGGUAAGCGUCUGUUUCCGUCACGGGAAGGAGACAGUUUGGACAUGUUGCAACCAGCGGAAUGUUUCAAGGACCUCUGCGUACAUUACAACAAAUACUGUCUCAAUUUAUAUGCAGCACAGGUCUCAUACAGCACACAUAUACUACAUACCCAACCCUAUGUCUUCUUAGGGCAAAUCUACGUGGCAAAAAAACAUGCGUUUGUAACGUCACGUUUGCAACACCAUAGAUAAAUUCUUGCGUGUUAUGCAAUAAAACAAAACGUACAACCUAAGAUGUAGAUUAGGUGUAUUAACGCGUCCAUAUUGUACGAGGGAAACACUAUAUGCAUCAAGACACUACACUAUUGAUGAAAUGAGAGUCCCAGAACAAAAAGAGUGUGGAGAACGUAGAAUGCUCCCCUCUAACUGUAUUAACUUUGAAAAGAGUCAUGGCAAAGUCAUGUGGUUAAAGAACAAGCUAAAAUUUGGCACGUGGCUUCACGGACGAAGGGGGAGGGGAGCGCUUAGAUGCAGAGCAAAAAAGUUUCUCAACAUCUUGAUUGCUGUAGAAGUCAACGUUAUGCGUAUAUUAUACAGGUAGCUUGCUAAGCGAGGCUGCUGUUGCUUUACGGCAUUGUGAAAUCGAAACAGGUGAAAAAACGCUUUUGAAUAGAAGGCCAGCACUAAAGCUACAGAGGGGCUCUAAGUAACCACGUGAGCUACCUGGUGCAGCGGAGCUACCCAGUGGAGCUACCCAUGCAGCGGACGAGUCGCAACCGAAAGUCGGAUGACGAAGCUGGUAUGAUAACGAUGCAGUGACCACGACAUCAUCACGCACACGAGCACAUACCUAGUGGCCGAAGAAGCUAGACAACUUAGGUCAGUGACUCCGCAUAAGGACACAGGAACGACAUGCACGUGUGAUAUGCAUGACUUGGCAUCAUUGAUGGGAUGCAUGCAUAUCAUGCGUGUCAAACGUGUUACGACAUGUUCGUUAUGUUCAUCAUGUCAUGCCAUAAGAUGCAUUUCGUGUCAACAUGACAUGUCGCGCAAGUUAUUCACGCCAUUCAUGUCACUUCAUGUAUGCCAUUUAUGCUACUGAUAUUAUGAUACACAUUACGUGCUAUGUGUGAAUGUCACGUGCUGACAUGCGUGUAGUGUAAUUUUUGUCAUCCGUGCCAUUCUUGGUAAGACACGUUUUUCAUAUCAUUGAUGUCAGGCCUGUAUGUCAUGCCUAUCCUGAUAUAUAUCCAGUAUUUCAUGACGUGUAUUUCCUUCGUGUCAUGCUAUACAAGCAUUUCAUGCCAUGCAUUUCCGGAUUUAUGUCCAGAGAAAGAAACGACCACACGAGCACGAUGCCAUUUCUGUCAUGACUUGUUAUUCAAGACAUGUACGUUCUGAUUGCUAUGCAGUUAAAGAAAUGACCAGGGUGACAACAAGACGUGAGAGUUCAGACAGACAGACAGACAGACAGACAGACACAGACAGACAGACAGACAGACAGACAGACAGACAGACAGACAGACAGACAGACAGACAGACAGACAGACAGACAGACAGACAGACAGACAGACAGACAGA